AUGCCUGGACAACUGGACCCUGUCCGGCCUUGCCCUGCCUCCUUCCCCGGGGGAGGGGGGCGUAAAAGGGGUCUGUCCUCGCGCACACGCCCUUCUCGGAACUCUGCGCCCCUCGCUCGUCACCCUACAAUCGCUGUCCCGGUGCCCUCGCCCCCUGGUUUGGGCGCCCCACUUCCGCCUCGGCCCUCAGACGUCGCGACACCUGAGCGCGUUACUACUACUGGACUCGCCUCCCGGCCCGCCGAGCCAAACUACAACUCCCGGCAGACAGCGCGCGUGGGUGGUGCAUGCGCAAACCAUGGCGGCGGGCUGCACGGCAAAGGGGCGGGGUGGCCUCAGGUCUCCCUUCAGAAGCCUCUAGAUGUCCCAGUGAGGUCCUCUCAGAAGGCCCUCUGGGCUCCAGAGGACUGGCGUCAGGGUACCCAGGUCUCCCCUCGGAUUGCACCCCUGUAUGUUCCCCGCACCGCCCACGUGCUGCAUGCAGGGCCCGACGUGGCAGUGCCCACCUUGCAGCCUAGCCCAGGGAUUUUCCGAGGGAGAGAGAAAAUGAGUAAGAGGAAGACACGCACUUCAGGGACCUCAGACUCGGAAGACAAGAUUGGAUCCACUGUACAGAGUGGGGAGGAACCAAGACCGGCAGCUCCCAGCAUUCCUGAUGGAGCAACAGAGGGUCCCUCCAGGCUUCUAGGGCAGCCGGAAAAGGAUCCAGCCCCCUUCCCUCUCUCCCAGAACUCAGUUGGAAAGUUUGUCCCCCAGUUUGCAAAACCCCAGAAAACUGUGACAAGAAAAACAAAGAAAAAGGAAGAAGACAAUGAGAGUGGGACCUUCAACCUGGAAUUGCUGCAGGAGCCCAGUGCCCCUGAGGCAGGAAGCCAGCCACUUCGGGGAUCCCUGGGGCUAGCUCUCUUGGAAAACCAGGCAAAAGCUGCUGUUGUCCACCCUGAACAGUGCAGCCAGCUCCCCCUAGUACCAGUGCCGUGCAGUGGGACCUCAGUGCACCUGACAUCCAGCGAUAACUCCCCAAGCAGAGGGACUGUGCCUUCUACUCCAGAGAGGGCCAGCCAGGAGCAGCUGUCAGAAUCAGGGACCUGUGUUCUGAAUAGUGGAAACAGUGCCUUAGAAUCCAGCCUCCUAGUGGAAUCUCAGAGAAACAGCAGACCUGGCACAGAGCAAGGUCUGGCAGAAGGGGGUCCUGGGCAGAAUGGGCCUCUAAGCAGUGAGUGUGAGGAUAAGGAGCUACACAGGGGAGGCCCCCCGGAGGAAGGAGAAGGUGACCCAAGUACCCCAGGCUCUGGUCCUGCCCCUACCCCUGCUCCAGAACUGAGCCCUGUGUCUCUGUUCCCAGAGCCUAGGUCUGCCACCCAGGGGUGCCCAAAUCAACCACAGGUGCCCAUUCCCAAUGAGCCUGUUGUCGUCAUUGCAGACAGGUGCACAGGUCCCACAGCGCCACCAGUAAGGGAUCCAGAAGUGGCCAAGUUGGACAGACAAGGCCCAGAUGGAAGUGGGGCUCUGCCUCAUUCCUCAGAGGCUGCUGGGGGCCACAUCGAGGCAGGACUGGAAGCUGAACCCCGCAGCCACACCCCAGAGCUUCUUGCCACCUCCCCAGCUCCUCAUCAUGAAAACCAGGAGCCUACAGUGGGUGCUGGCAACUCCAGCCCCCUCGCCCCAGAAGUAAGAAUAGGUGUAGAUCUGAAGCCAUUGCCAGACCUCACCCAGGAGGGGCCAGAGUACACAUGUGCACUGCUUUCUGUGGAGCCUGUGGGUGGAAAAGCAGCGGAGCCAGGCAUCGAGAGCCUGCGGGACCCUGAGCCUCCGGGGCAUGGCCAGUCCCUCCAAGCCGCUAGCCUGCCUGACCACAGAGAAGUAGACGGUCUGUCCCAGGAGCCUGGGGCCCACACUGCUCCUAGCCCAGCACACCAGGCCAUCUGGGGGUGUUCCUCACCCAUAGACCUCGACUUCCUGCCUGACAGCCAAAUACAGAAUGCCCUGGAUGCUCCUGACUUGGAAGCUCCCCCUGAGCAGGUAAAAGACUCAUCUCCUCUGGGUAGCAUACGGAGACUCUGCUGUCCUGGCACCAGCCCACCUGCCAGUGGAGCCUCCGUCACCUCAGGCCAGCCCAGGAACCCCAAGUCACAGAUCCAGGCCUUCGAGACUCCUGAGCUGGAGGACGCAACAGGCACUGUGUGUGGCCUCGUCAUGGAGCUCUCCAAUCUCAACCGGCUGAUCAUGAGUGCCCACCGGGACCUGGAAGCCCUCCGGCGUCUUGGCAACCGGAAGGGGAAGCCCACAGGAAAGGGGCCUGCACCCUAUGCCUCCAAGGGGGCAGGGACCCUCCCGCGAGGGGAGCCCUGGAGGGACGGGUAG